GCCUUUGGAGACGCGUGAAAAUGGCAGUGGCCGUGCAGCAGCCCGAUACAGGUCGAUACCUGGCGCAAUGGCGCGAUCGUUUGGAUCGUGGCGUCGGCUUUGACAACUGGGGCCAAAUGAUUGAGGCGUGUGACGAGUAUGAUAAGGUCGUGAGCGAGAUCAAGUCAACGGUGCAUAAGCAGAAACCUCCAUUUACAGAGGACGUGUGCAAGUUUCUCGUCAACGUCGCCAUUGCCGCCACCCUGCGAGCCAAGGCAGCCCAAGACCUGACGGGCAAGGUGGCUGGCGUGACGCUGUCGGAGAUGCGCCACCUGAUUGAAACGAUGAAACAGCUGCCCGAUACCGUGCCGCCGUUUCCACUGCCGGGCGUUGAAGAGUUUCGCCAUCUCAUGCCGGCCCCGGCCCCGCACAUGGGAUCCCUGGCUGGCGCCGGGGCCCAGGGCGACCAGGACACGGACAACGAGGAUGAUCAGGAUGCCGACCACGCCACGACCGGUGGAUCCCUCAAGCCUCGCAUCAACUUUCCGGGUAAAACCAACAUUACCAUCUUCAUUCAGAAGAUUCAGCUCAAGGAUCCCAGCCAAUACAUCGAGCCCUACUUUACCAUCUCCGUCAAAGACGCCACGGGCAAGGAUCUUGCUGCGCCCCAGGAUACUCCGCCCACCAAUCGCAAGGACAACGACUUUAUUCACUUUACCCAGCCCAUUGAGAUUCAACUGGCCCUCGAGGACUUGUCGGCCGACUGUGCCAUCUUCCUCGAGUUCAAGCACUUCAAACCGCGCAAGCACAAGACCUCGGUCAAGUGCUUUUCGCUCAUGGAGCUGGACGAGCUCAUCCAUUCGGCACAAGCCGUGCCUUUGGAAAUCUAUGCCAAGCCCACCGACUUUAAGCGCCGCAAGCUGCACUUGCUCACGGAGAAGAAGCACUAUCUGUGGGUCAUGGUUCACCUGACCAAGAACUAAAUGCAAGGGGUCCAAGACCAGUGGUGCCUGUGGCAUCCCCUCUCCCUCUUGUGCAUGUCUUGUCUCCCUUUUCUGUUCUCUGUCUCUGCUGGCGCAUUUGUCUAUUCUUCUUCUUUUGUUGGUGGGCCGGACCCCUUUCUUGUCGAGUACAUGGCUCUACCACAUUGAAACUUGUAACCC